CCCUCUCUCUCUCUCUCUCUCUCUCUCUCUUAUGUUACAAACAAUGGUGCAAAAAGAGAAACAACAACCACCACCACCACAAUGGAAGAAGACGACAAAACAUAUCCAAGAUUACUAUUCUUCCUUGUCAUAACAAUAAUAAUAAUCCCUUUGUCCUCCGCCUCCUCCACCAUUUCAGUCUCUUCUGCCACCUCCUCUUUGUCCACUAUUACCACCACCCAAGAUGAAUCUUCCGCCAUGUCUAAACUGGCUAAAUCCCUUUCCCCAACCCCCUCUGGCUGGUCCUCUACUUCCGACCAUUGUGAUUGGUCCGGCAUCUCCUGUGACUCCUCUGGCCAUGUCACCUCCAUUAGCCUUGCCUCCAACUCACUCUCUGGCAAAUUGCCCUCCGAAUUAAACUACCUCUCUCACCUCAAAUCUAUUUCUCUCCAACGAAACCACCUCUCUGGUUCCUUUCCUUCCCUCUCCAACCUUGCUUCUCUCCAACAAGUCUUUCUUGAUAACAAUAAUUUCACUUCUAUUCCCUCUCAAUUCCUCUCUGGCCUCACAACCUUGCAAACCUUAAGCAUCGGGAACAACCCCAAUCUCCCUGCUUGGACUCUCCCUCAAACUCUUUCUGAUUCCACAACCUUGAAUACCCUUUACGCACCCCAAUCUAACCUCAUUGGAACAAUACCAGACAUUUUCCAAUCAUUCCCAAAUCUUCAGAACCUUAGGCUUUCUUACAACAAUCUUACGGGUCCUUUACCACCUUCAUUUGCUAAAUCAGGGAUUCAGAACCUUUGGCUCAACAAUCAAGAGCUUGGUCUUUCAGGUACGAUCGAUGUUCUUAGUUCAAUGACUCAAUUAACUCAAGUUUGGCUUCAUCAGAACCAAUUUUCAGGUCCCAUUCCAGAUCUCUCAGGAUGUACCUCGCUAUUUGAUCUUUCGCUUCGCGAUAACGAUUUAACUGGCCCUGUCUUGCCUUCUCUAACUACUCUUCCAAACUUAGUUAAUGUUUCAUUGCAGAACAAUAAGUUGCAAGGUCCAGUACCUAGUUUUGGCAAGGGUGUUGUGGUGAAUCUUGGCCAAACAAACAACUUUUGUAAUUCAAAACCGGGUCCUUGUGAUCCACAAGUCACCACAUUGCUUGAGAUUGUAGGGGCUUUGGGUUACCCAAUGGCAUUGGCUGACUCUUGGUCCGGGAAUGACCCUUGCAAGGGUUGGAUAUCGAUUUCUUGUGAUUCCAGGGGCAGCGUUACGGUGCUUAAUUUCGGGAAACAAGGUUGGAGUGGGACUAUAUCACCCGCCAUUGCUAACCUCACUACAUUGACAAGUUUGCUUUUGAAUGAUAAUGACAUCACCGGUCCUAUACCUUCCAGCUUGACAAAAUUGGCACUGCUUCGGCUUCUUGAUGUCUCUAACAAUAAUAUUUCGGGUCAAGUACCAAAAUUUGGUUCGGGUGUGAAAGUGAAGAUUUCAGGUAAUCCAUUACUUGGAAAAGACGUGCAUGCUGGAGAUGGAAGUGGAAGUUCUUCCAACAGUAGUAGUUCUAGCUCCCCUAGUGGAAGUUCAUCAUCAGGCAGAACAAAUGGGACAAAUGGUUCAUCUAGUGGAAGUGGAACUCCGGUAGUAGAAACACAAAACUCAUCAUCAUCUACAUCGUUGUGGGUUAUUGUUGCUGCCAUUGUUGCAGCUUUGAUUUUUAUAGUAGGUUUGUCAUUGGUGAUUUACAGAAUGUUUGUGAUGAAGCGCAAAUUGGUUGAAAGCUCUAUAAAAGCGAAUAAAAAGCUGAAGAAUGGUGGUGCAAAUGGUGUUGUGAAUGGUUUUGGAAGUGAACUACCCAGUCAAGGCAGUGCUGACAACAAUGAUAUUCAUGUCUAUGAUGGCGGCAACGUUACCAUCCCCAUAGAGGUGCUUCGAGAAGUGACAAACAAUUUCAGUGAAGACAACAUUUUAGGUCAGGGUGGAUUUGGGGUUGUUUACAAAGGAAAAUUCCAAGAUGGGACACAAAUCGCGGUGAAGAGGAUGGAAGCAACAGUGGUGAGCUCGAAGGGGCUUAGUGAGUUCCAAGCAGAAAUUGCAGUCCUGACGAAGGUUAGACACAGGCAUUUAGUGGCCCUUAUUGGGUUUUGUGUCAGUGGAAGUGAGAGGCUUUUGGUUUAUGAGUAUAUGCCUCAAGGGACAUUGGGACAACAUCUGUUCAAUUACAAAGAACUGGGGUUUUCACCGCUUACAUGGAAGGAAAGAGUCACAGUUGCCCUGGAUGUUGCUAGAGGGGUUGAAUAUUUACAUAGCUUAGCACAACAGAGUUUCAUCCACAGAGAUCUAAAACCCUCUAACAUACUUCUUGGAGACGACAUAAGAGCCAAAGUUUCUGAUUUUGGCUUGGUGAAGAACGCGCCCGAUGGGAAGUACUCCGUGGAGACAAGGUUGGCCGGUACAUUUGGAUAUUUAGCACCCGAAUAUGCUGCCACUGGAAAAGUAACAACAAAGGUUGAUGUAUUUGCAUUUGGGGUGGUUUUGAUGGAGAUGAUCACUGGUAGAAAAGCAUUGGAUGAGAGCAUGCCAGAAGAGAAAAGUCAUUUAGUUACCUGGUUCCGAAGGAUCAUCAUUAACAAAGACAACAUCAGGAAAUCUAUAGACCCCUCGCUAGAUCCAGAUGAAGAAACCUAUGAGAGCAUCAUCAAAGUAACAGAACUGGCUGGACACUGCACUGCUCGCGAGCCAUUUCAACGCCCUGACAUGGGUCAUGCGGUGACUGUCUUGUCUCCCCUUGUCGACCAAUGGAAACCCACCAAUCCUGAUGAAGAAGAUAGCUUCGGCAUUGACUUUCACACCAGCCUUCCUCAAGUCUUACAGCUAUGGCAAGCCGGUGAAGGUACUUCCACAAUGACUAGCGAUUACUAUAAUAGUGGUUACACAUCUUCAAGCAUGCCUAAUAAACCUUCUGGGUUUGCAAGCUCAUUUAGUUCAAAGGAUGGCCGAUGACUACAAGUCAACAAACAUGUACCAUGGCACCAACAAAUAUGGAGACAGGUUUCUAUACUGUUUAUACAAUGGUUGUGAGACUCAAUUUAGUGUGUACUGCACGAAUCAUUUUCUUAUUUCAUUUUUUGACCUAUUCGUCAAUUCAAUUCAAUUCAAUUCAAUUCAAUUCUUUACUUUUUUUUCUUUUCUUUUCUUUUUUUUUUUGGAGGAACCAAUUCAAACUUAUAUAGUCUUCUAUUUUCAAAUUUGUUUGUUUAUAUAUCGAGGAACUGAGUUCCAUCUUUUGAUGUUCUACGGCCCUCGAUGUAAGAACUCAAAACGAAGAGGUGGAAUUAGAAAUUAACAUUAUAUUUUAUGACAA